AUGUCGUCGCAAGCCACACUUUCCGCCGGCGAGCGCUUCUCGCUCAUCACACGCGACCUCGAUGAGGUCCUUGGAGCGGACAUCAUCAAGGGCAUCCUCGAGAAGGACGAGCGACCGCUCUCGGCCUACUGGGGCACUGCCCCUACCGGUCGACCUCACGUAGGCUACCUCGUCCCGCUCACCAAGAUCGCCGACUUCCUCCGCGCCGGUGUCGAAGUCAAGAUUCUUCUCGCAGACAUCCACGCCUUCCUCGACAACCUCAAGGCGCCCAUCGAGCUCGUUCGUCAUCGAGUCAACUACUACCGUCAUGUCCUUACUGCAGUGUUCAAGUCGAUCGGCGUGCCCACCGACCGCCUCGUCUUUGUCGUCGGCAGCUCCUACCAGCUCACCGAAGCGUACAACAUGGAUAACUACCGACUCUGCGCGAGCGUCACCGAGCACGACGCCAAGAAGGCCGGCGCCGAGGUGGUCAAGCAGGUUUCGUCUCCGUUGCUCUCCGGUCUGCUCUACCCCGGACUGCAGGCGUUGGACGAACAGUACCUCGGCGUCGACAUGCAGUUCGGCGGUGUCGACCAACGAAAGAUUUUCACGUUUGCAGAACAGUACCUGCCCAAACUGGGUUACACCAAGCGGGCACAUCUGAUGAAUGCCAUGGUUCCAGGCUUGAAGGGCAGCAAGAUGUCCAGCUCGGACAACUCCUCCAAAAUCGACUUCCUCGAUACACCCAAGGAAGUCUCGAAGAAGAUUGCCGACGCAGUGUGCGCACCUGGCGAGGUGGAGGGCAACGGAGUGUUGGGUUUCGUCCGCGCGGUACUGUUCCCCAUCGCCCGAUUGCGGGUUGAGAGCGAGGCAAUGGGCACCCCCGUCUCAACCGACCAAGGGGCAUCCAAAUCUUUCGUAGGCGAAGACGCGCCACGGGGUACCAUGUUCAGCAUCGUCCGUCCCGACAAAUACGGUGGUUCUCUGCACUACUCUUCCUACCCCGAGUUGGAAUCCGCUUACGCAGCAGGGGACAUUCACCCCGCCGACCUGAAGAAAGCCGUCGCCGAAGCCAUCACCCUCCUGCUCGAACCCGUCCAGCACCUGUUCGAGACAGACCCAGAGUUCAAAAAAGCUAAAGAGGACGCCUACCCCGAAGACACACCCGUGGUCAAGAAGAAGAAGGAGAAGAAGAUCAACCCGCGCUUUGCGCACCUGUACACCAAGGAGGAAGGUGGAACCGCCGAGAGCGAGGAGGAGGCGUUGAGGAAUCAGAAGGAGGAGGAGGAGAAGAAGGCUAACCUCAAAGCGCAGAAGAAGGACAAGGUGACGUUGCCUGCGGACAAGGAGGAGGCCAAGAAGGAGCCAAGCGAUAAGGAGAACGAGACGUUUGUAGAGGCGACCCGGGUGGGGGUGGAGAAUGUGCACCUGGACAAGGCGCAGUAG